AAUCAUCUGCGCCUCCAUACUUCAAUACUUUGUCCGCUCACAGUCUUUCACGAUGCCUGGACGUGUGAUAGAGAAGCCGAAGAAAAGGAUCCUUACAGAUGCUACGAAUACUCACAACGUCCUAAAAUCACCGCCGUCCGCGAAGAAGCGGAAGCUCAACGGCAAUGGCCCGAAUGUAUCUUUCCACUCCUCUCAGACUGGCCCAAAUGGCGUCAGAUCAAAGAUGGGCUCGAGCCAGCCCAAGAGUCACUUCGAGACAGAAGUCUUGGAGAAGAUGACCCAGGACAUUACAGGCUUGAGAGAGAACAAUUCUGAAAAAGACCAACAAUGGGACAGACCCAACUUGGACGACUUUGAUGCCCAGAGAGACCCCCUUCAAUUUCAGCAGAUCGAGAUUGAAGAAGGAACACUACACGGGGGCAAAGUCACCCUCAAGCUGUUUGGUGUCUCUGAGACUGGACACUCAAUCCUGCUCCAUGUUACUGACUUCCUCCACUACCUUUAUGUGGCAGCCCCUGUCAACUUCCAGCGACAAGAUGUCGAAGGCUACAAGGCAUACCUGGAGACACACCUGGCACAGCAUCAGCCUGUCAUUCACUCCGUUCAGAUGGUGCUUCGUGAGAACCUCUACGGCUUCCAAGGAAAUCAAAAGAGUCCAUACCUCAAGAUCACGGUGAAUGAUCCGAAGUAUAUCAACCGACUGCGAUCUGCUAUAGAAGACGGACAUGCAAACUACAAAGGAAUGUGGAAAGGCGUGGAGAGCAAAAUUCUGACGUUUGACAAUAUUCAAUACGUGCUGCGCUUUAUGAUCGACACAGGAGUGGCCGGAAUGUCCUGGGUAGAGGUUCCUCCUCAAAAAUUCCAUGUCAUGCCGCAACAUGACCGACAGUCGAAUUGCCAGAUCGAAGCAUAUUGUCAUUAUCGAGAUCUUAUCGCACACGGCCAAGAUGGUGAAUGGGCCAAAAUGGCUCCGCUGCGGAUAUUGUCGUUUGAUAUUGAGUGUGCUGGUCGAAAAGGAGUCUUCCCCGAAGCCAACCAGGAUCCUGUCAUCCAGAUUGCCAACGUGGUCACCAAAUAUGGCGAGUCGAAACCGUUCAUACGAAAUGUCUUCGUGCUGGAUACUUGCAGUUUGAUCGUGAAUACACAAAUUUACGAACACGACUCAGAAUCAAAAAUGCUGCUGGCUUGGAGAGAUUUCCUCGAGAAGGUCGACCCGGAUGUCAUUAUCGGCUACAACAUUGCGAACUUCGACUUCCCCUAUCUCCUAGAUAGAGCAAAGCACUUGAAGCUACCAAAGUUUCCAUACUGGUCACGACUUAAGAGUGUCAUCUCUCAGGCCAAAGACACCAACUUUUCCAGCAAGCAGAUGGGCAAUCGAGACACAAAAGCGACGAAUACGAAUGGUCGAAUCCAGUUGGAUCUAUUACAGCUGGUCCAGAGGGAUCACCAGCUACGAAGUUACACCCUCAACUCUGUGUGCGCCCAUUUCCUUGGAGAACAGAAGGAGGACGUGCAUCAUACAAUGAUCACCGAACUAUUCAAUGGCACUCCGGACUCAAGACGACGGUUGGCAGUCUAUUGUUUGAAAGAUGCUUACUUACCCCAACGACUCAUGGACAAGUUGAUGUGUCUGGUCAAUUACACGGAGAUGGCCAGAGUCACAGGUGUGCCGUUCAACUACCUUCUUGCUCGUGGGCAACAAGUAAAGUUCAUUAGCCAGCUUUUCCGAAAAGCUCUGGAGCAACAGUUGGUCAUUCCCAAUCUAAGGAAUGAGAGUUCAGACGAACAAUAUGAGGGCGCCACGGUCAUUGAACCCAUUCGCGGCUACUACGAUGUCCCCGUCGCCACGCUUGAUUUCGCAUCUCUGUAUCCAUCGAUCAUACAGGCUCACAAUCUGUGUUACACCACGCUUCUGAACAAAAAUAUCAUCGAGAAGAUGAAUCUGAAGAAGGAUGAAGACUACAUUCUGACACCCAAUGGUGAUCUUUUCUGUACAUCCAAGGUCCGAAAAGGACUGCUGACUCAGAUUCUGGAAGAAUUGCUGGGUGCGCGUAAGCGGGCAAAAAAAGAGCUUGCAGUCGAGACAGACCCUUUCAAGAAAGCAGUUCUCAAUGGUCGUCAACUGGCCUUGAAAGUAUCAGCGAAUUCAGUCUAUGGUAUCACUGGUGCAACAGUGGGCAAGCUGCCUUGUCUGGCAAUUGCCUCCAGUACAACGGCUUAUGGCCGGCAAAUGAUUGAGAAGACAAAGGCGGAGGUCGAGCAGAAGUACACCAUUGCCAACGGCUACUCGCAUGACGCGCAGGUCAUCUAUGGAGAUACGGAUUCAGUGAUGGUGAAGUUCGGCGAGAAAGACCUGAAGAAGACGAUGGAACUUGGACAGGAAGCCGCCGACUUUGUCUCCAACAAAUUCAUCAAGCCCAUCAAACUGGAAUUCGAGAAGAUUUACUUCCCCUAUUUGCUCAUCAACAAGAAAAGAUAUGCAGGGUUGUACUGGACCAAUCCAGACAAGCACGACAAGAUGGACAGCAAAGGUAUCGAGACUGUACGUCGUGACAACUGUCGUCUGGUUCAAAUCGUCAUUGAAACCGUCCUCAAGAAGAUCCUGAUCGACCGCGACUUGGAUGGCGCUCAAGAGUACGUCAAGGACACCAUUUCCAACUUGCUGCAGAACAAAGUCGAUCUGAGCAUGCUGGUCAUCACGAAAGCUCUGAGCAAGAGCGACUACACGGCCAAACAAGCGCAUGUCGAGCUCGCCGAGCGCAUGAAGAAGCGAGAUGCUGGUUCUGCACCCGCGCUGGGUGACCGUGUCGCGUAUGUCAUUGUCAAAGGCGCUGGCGGGAGCAAGAACUACGAGAAAUCCGAGGAUCCGAUUUACGUGUUGGAGAACAACGUCCCCAUCGACACGAAGUACUACUUGGACAACCAGCUCGCAAACCCACUCGGUCGUAUCUUCGAGCCUAUCUUAGGCGAGAAACGCGCGAACUCGUUGCUGGCGGGCGAUCAUACGCGGAGUAUUUCAGUGGCGGCCCCGACAUUGGGCGGGUUGAUGAAAUUCGCGAAAAAGACGCAGACGUGCAUGGGCUGCAAGAAGCCUCUUGUGAGUAAGGAGGAGGCCCAGGGCGCCGUGUGCGAGAAUUGUCGGCCGCGAAUUGGUGAAUUGUAUACCAAGCAUGUUAAGAAAGUGGGCGAGAUGGAGGUGAGGUUUAGUAGAUUGUGGACACAGUGCCAGCGGUGUCAGGGGAGUAUGCACUCUGAGGUGUUGUGCUCUUCGAAGGAUUGUCCUAUCUUCUAUAUGCGGAUGAAGGCGAGGAAGGAGGUCGAGGAGGCGGGACGGGAGGUCGCGAGGUUUGAUCAUGAUGCUGGGGCUAUUUGGUGAACAUCGCCACGGUGAGUGGUGAUCAAGAGGAACAUUCGACGUUGUCUUUGCAUGGUCUACACUGCAUGGCAUGAUUUGGCACCGGCGCAGUGGUCUCACAGGAGUUUGAUUCUGUACCUCUGGUAUUGGGCUCAUUUGAUUCAAGCUUGAGCUUGAUAAGCGACCAAGCGGCACGGAAUGGGACAAGAUGGAGAUCAUUCACACUUUUAACGAUUUUGGUGUGUGAA